ACUUACAAGCUAUUAUGUUGAUGCAUUAUUUGAAUUUCGAUUUUCAUUGUUCUUGUGCCAUGCUUUUAACUAAUUUUUCAGUUUAGAAACCCUGUAUCCAUACAUAUGCUUUUCCUAGUGUUACACUUAUGUUUUCUUAAAUUGGCAGAUAAAAGUAGUUCUUGAUGUUGCAGUGAAUAUCAAGCGUUUAAUUCUAUUGUCAGGGACUCCCUCUUUAUCAAGGUGCUAAUAGGCCAUAUGACAUAUUUCAUCAGAUAAAUAUGCUAUGGCCAGGUUUACUUGGAAAGACUAAAUAUGACUUUGCAAAGACUUACUGUUCUAUCAGACUUGUGCAAGGAUGCCGAGGAUUUCUCAAAGGGGACAGGUUUGGAAGAAUUACAUAUGCUACUUAAGCAGACUGUUAUGAUACGACGCUUGAAGGAACAUGUACUUGUUCAGCUGCCUCCCAAGCGUCGCCAAAUCAUAAGACUGGUUUUAAAGAAAUCAGAUAUUGCUUAUGCAGUUGCUUUAACUGAAGUUGCAAGUUGCAGUUCUCACAAAAUGAUAAUAUUUGCUCAUCAUCAUAAGGUUCUUGAUGGAGUCCAGGAGUUUGUUUCUGAGAAAGGUAUAAGCUAUGUUCGUAUUGAUGGGCAUACACCUGCUUAUGAUAGGCAGUCUGCUAUUCAAUCCUUCCAGAGCUCAAAAGAGCUUAAGAUUGCAAUAAUUGGAAUACUUGUCGGUGGCUCGGGACUAAACCUGUCGGCUGCUCAAAAUGUUGUCUUUCUGGAACUGCCAAAGGAACCUGCACACAUGCAACAGGCUGAAGAUAGAGCUCAUAGACGCGGGCAAAAGAAUGCAGUCAACAUAUACAUCUUUUGUGCGAAGGAAAAGCUGUGCUAAGGCACCUGAAUACUUUGAGGAUCUCUUCUGCUCUUUGGACUGUCAUGAAGAAUACAGACUAAGAAAAAGCCGUAGAUACAUGCGUGAGGCAAAGCUUUGCUGCGCGUAGAGGCUUUUUGAAAUCGAGCAUGGUAUUUGCACGAAUUGUCAAUUAAACUGCCAUAAACUUGUGAAGCACAUAAGGCUUUUAUCACAUGAUAAGCGAGAAGAUCAUAUUAACAAAGUAGCUCCACAGAUCGCAAAGCGCAAAAAAUUUGCUCUCACGACUCAUGGAAGGUCUUUGCAGCAAGAUACUCCUUUGUUGGCAACACGAUGUUUUUCUAUUUCAUAUACUGAUGCCAUUUUUUGUGAAGUUUAAAAACCACUAGAAAACAUUUUCCUACAUGUGGAUUCCUUUUUGGAAUGGAAAUUUUUCAUUGGGGUUUUCUUGCAUCAUGGAUGUUCAUGGGAACGAGUGAAUGUCAAGAAGUGGUAUUGACAGAUAUACUAAUUUUUUUUUGUUUGUUUUUGGUUAAGAAACUUCAUGUGCUAUU